ACUCAGGCACCAAUUAUUAUUCCUCAAGUCCUGCAACUGUUGUCAACACUAUUCUACAUUCCAAUCAUGAGAAGUGUUAGAAGAAAUGCUUAUAAGUUUUUUUCAUAAUAAGGACAAUAUCGGUGCAAGUAUAUAUACAUUUGAAAACAAAUAUGUUUUUUGUUACGUGUUUUUUGUCACGUUUUCUGAAUGGCUUCACC